UCUCUGCUCCGUGAUUCUGGGAGGGCCGGAUCCAUGACGCCCGCGGUUCUGAUGCUGAUGCUGAAGUUGUGAGUGGCGGUGGCAGGGGACCCCUCCCUCCCCACAAAGCAGGGCAUUUUCUCCUGAUGCAGCUGUGAUUUCCCACAGAUCCCUCGUGAGGACGAAAUCUAGAGGUGGAGGUGAAGGCAGAAAUGGCCAGUUCUCAGGGACAGCUGACCUUCAGGGAUGUGGCCGUAGAAUUCUCUGAGGAGGAGUGGGGACGCCUGACCCACACUCAGCGGCAACUGUACAGGGAUGUGAUGUUGGAGAACUAUGGACACCUCCUCUUCUUGGGUCUCACUGUGUCAAAGCCACACCUGAUCAUGUUUUUGGAGCAAGAGAAGCAGCUCUGGGAUGGGAAGAGAAAGGAGACCGGAGGCUUCCAUCCAGGUAUUUGGGAAUGA